AUGUUGUCGAACAAAUCACACGAGGGUGUUUUGCAUAACUAUGCCCCGAGACUAGUCGCCUUCGAAUACACCACCUCCCCCGAUACAAGCAACAAACCCAACAGCCUCCUCUUCAUCGGCGGCUUAACAGACGGCCUCGAGACGGUCCCCUACGUGUCCAAAAUCGCCCAGGCCCUGGAACCCACCGAAUGGUCGCUGUUCAGCCUGCUGCUCUCCUCCUCGUACGGCGGCUGGGCCGUGGGCAGUCUGGACAAUGACGUCGAGGAAAUCGCCCAGUGCGUCGAGUAUGUUAAGAAAGUCAAGGGGUCACAUGGGAAGGUCGUCGUGAUGGGCCACUCGACGGGGAGUCAGGAUGUGCUGCAUUAUCUACACUCGCCUAACCCCUUACCACGCAGUGAGGGGUAUGAUAGUGGGCUGCAGCAUCUGGUGCGACCGGUUCUGGAUGGUGCGAUUAUGCAGGCGCCCGCGUCGGACCGGGAGGCUUUGAUUGCGACGCUGAAGAAGAACCCCGAGCUGCAGGGCGUGUUUGAUGAGUUGGUGGCAUUGGCGAAGAGUGAGCCCUACACGACUGGCAAGACCGGUGAUACCCUGCCGUUGGCCUUGACGGCCAAGUUGGAUUUCCCGCCCGAUACCGCCAUCAGUGGUCGCAGGUUUCUGAGUCUGGCGAGCCCGGAUAGCCCCGAGCGUCCGGCUCCGGAUGAUCUGUUCAGUUCGGAUUUGAGUGAUGAGCGUCUGCUGCAAACGUUUGGUGCCGUGGGGUCGCGCGGGCUGUUGCGCUCGAAAUUGAUGGCGCUGUACUCGGGUGAGGACGAGUUUGCAGCACCGUGGAUCGAGAAGGAGAAGUUGCUGGAGAGAUGGAGCGUCGCGGCAGAUGCCAACGGCGAAAACAAAUGGGAUCAUGGUGACAGCGGCGUCAUCGCAGGGGCCAGUCACAAUGUCAAGGAUGUAGGUCAGGGGGACUUGAUCACUCAGGUCCUCAACUAUCUGAGCCGGGUUUGA